UCCAGUUUUAAGAGGGGUAUUAGAAACAGCAAACCCUAUCAUAUAUCCUACUACUUUUAGAUCCUCCAUUGAUACCCCCGAUUAUAAAGUAGCAGAAUAUAAAUCCAACAAAGAAUAGAAACUCCUUCCGCAAGUUUCCCCGUAUCUUUUUUUGAUCGGCAAGUUUCCUAAUCUCUUAUUUAAACCGCCUCUCCCAAUAUCACAAGCCUCUAUAAAUAUAAAAGCCCUAAUUUUGUAUCAAAUCUCACAAAUCUGUUCGGUUUAAGAGAGGCGCUAACGCAAAACACACCAGAAAAAUAUCAAAGAAGAAGAUGGAUACUCUCAAGUCAUAUGCCACGAGAAUUAAAGGAUUACAAAAGAAAAUCCGUGAAUUCUCUACAUUAGUUGAUGUUGAUGCUUGUAUGAUCGUCUACGGCGGACCCAGUCGCGGUGGUGGUAAUCAUCGUCCGGUACGGCCUGAUACGUACCCUGAGAAUUUAGGCGAUGUGAUUCGAAUCGUUCAGAGAUAUCUCAGUUUGCCGAAACAAAAACGUACUGAAAGACACAAGCAAUUAUCUGAAGAUGAUGGAAAGAGUACAAUCGAAGAUGAUAAUUUGAAUGAAUCAGUUAGCAUGGAAGAUGAUACUGUUGAUGGAUUGGAAUGGGAUGAUCGGUUCGAUAAGUUAAGUGCCGAUCAGAUACAACAACUUAUCGACUCGGUGGAGCCCAAGAUUGGAACGAUUGAUGAGAAAAUUCAGUCCAUUGAAGGUGCUGAACGUCAUCGUAGCGAUAUCACUGCGAAAGUUCCUGAGCUUGGGGCUACUGCUACUAUACCUACAGGAGGCAAUACUUUUAUGCAGAUGCAACCGAUUUAUGUUCUUCAGCCCUUUAACCAGAAUCUUGUUAACAAUGGUUCUGCAAUGCUACCAAUGGGGAUGAUAAACGGCAGUGUGGCCGCGAAUGGGGCGUAUCCGAUGGUAAUGCAGUAUCCGAUGAUGGUAGUCCGACCAAGUGGAGACAGUAACCAGGAGGACUACGGAAAUCAUCAAGGGCAAGUUGCAUAUUUUAUGCCACAGGCAUUCGCACAGCCAAUGACAACGACGACGUAUAUUCCAAAUCUAAUGCCUGGUGGUACACCUUCAAAUGCAAAGCAAUACUAGGUUUUUAAGGUUGUGUUGAGUCCUUCAACCCCAGAAUUAUGUUAGGAUUUUGGGGAUUUAGCAUUUUUUCUAUUUCAAAGAU